AUGGAUCCAUCUCAAUCCCCCCCGAUUUCUCAAUCCACCGCCAGUCUAAUGACCCUCCCCUCGGAACUACACAUCCAAAUAAGCACCUACCUCUCCUACCCAGACGCCCUAGCUUUAAAACACAGCAGCCGCCACUUCUACUCAAUAGUCUACACAGGCGUGCGCCUGAAAGUUGACUGGUUCGUUGAGAGAUUCGAGCAUAAACUCGAAUGUCCUAUGGAGAAAUGCUCAUUCAGAACGGACGAGUCUUUUUGCAAUGGGCGUGUGCGCGGUAUCAUGGAGCGCCGUCGAUGGCAUCUUGAAUGUCGCCGGGCUAGGAAUGGCUGUCUGGUUAUUCAUGGCCACACUUGCCAGACAAAUUUAAUGUCCGGUUGGUUUGGGGUGAGGAUACCGGGAAAUAGGAGAGCCGUCAAGGUGGUGAAGAGCUGGAGUCAUGAAGCCUUUUUGAUUGGCAUUAUGGCUGUUCUGCUGAACUUGCUGUGGCAAUUUGCUCAGAGGACUUGGUACCUCGAUAGCAGAUUGAGGACACCUCACGACUGCGUAUUGAGUGAUGAUUCGAAUCAAGUGAUUUGA